AAAAAAGGGGAAACUAACCUGGAUACCAUUCGAUUCUAUUUCAGACCCAUUUAAACCCAUAUUCACAAAGACACACAGAUGUCAUAUACACGAACGCCACUUAUGAACCCGGACAGUUCCAUCAAACCUAAAAGACGAAGAUAAGAGGGAAUUUAGCGAAUUUGGAUCUCCCUAAAAACAUGAUACUCCUCGAAUGCCAAGUGUGCCUAGAGUGUUAUGAUGCGAGGAAGCGAGUCCCGAGGAGUCUCAGUUGCAAGCAUACCCUCUGCACUUCUUGCAUUGCCCAGAUCAUGAGAAGAGGACCACUGAAAUGCCCCUUCUGCCGCACGUUGCAUGCCGGUGCUGUUAUCUCUCCAGUCGAUGUUCCAGUUCAAGGAGAGAUGGCGGCAUUGGUGUUAGAGGACUCAAGUUCAAAACCAGAAGGGGUGGCGUGUGAGUCUGUGCCAGAGGCUUCGGGCGUCAACGUACUGAAGUUGCGCAGUGACAUCCAGAAGGCCAAUGCAAAUGGUGCACAUGUUUGGGCAGUGCUAAGGAGGGAAGGAGGAGCUCGGGGGAGCCACCGGUAUGCCAAAAUCACCGUGCACGACGAACGGCUGCACCUCCAUGCCCUCAAAGAUGGGGAGCCGCCAAAGGACUCAAUCACCGUGGAAUACGAUGCGAUACGGAGAAUGGUCGAUGAGAACUACGUAGUCACUUUCCUGGAAGUGAAGAACGCCGGUGUUCUUCAAGGACGAGUGUACAUCAAGCUCUUUGAUGAUGCUGGCCGGACACGCCAGUUCAUGUACUUCUGCUCGGGGGAGAGAGGGCCAUCGUAUGCCAACACCCACUUCCUGGAGGUUCUGCACAAGGGCCAGCCCGGGGAACAGGUCUGGGGCGGAGACUACGAGAACGACGACGGCAGCGGAGGAGCAGCUUUACCGGGGAUGGAACGUGGCGAGGAGAACUUCCACAGCAUCGUCCCUGGGCUCGUGGUCGGCUACUACUUCCCGGGCUAUGGCUAUGAUCACAACCCCUCGCAGUUCGGAAUAUACGUGGCCGAGUGGUGCUACACCUCUGAUAUGUCCUCCAUUGGGAUGGUGAUAGACGGUUUGGACAUAAUCUCCGCAGUGGCCAAGCUUCCGGACGUUAGAGAGAGCUGUGUGUCAGAUUGUGGGUUUUUGCUCUUUCACUAAGUACAAGAACGAUAAAAAAAAAAUAAAAAAAAUUGUUUCGAGAAAGAUUUGGUGGACUGAUAUUUGUCAAAUAAAGUCUGAAAAAGGCUAUGAAAAGUUAUGGCAAAUUUCAGGCUAAGAUAAGUGUGUGUUUUUAUGUGUUUUUUUUAUUUUUUUUAUACUAUAUGUUACCAAAUUUAUUUUAGUUUAACCUAUCUACUAAAAAGUAGAUAAACAACAAAGGAGAAAAGAUAAGAUCAGAUUAGAGAUUAUCACAACAUGCUUUUAUUUAUGUACUUUUGAGUGUACAAAGGUUAUUUGUAUGUGUAAUAGUACAGGAUGUGGUACAUGUGCUGUUGACCCAUUCAGUGUUUUUGGCAGUUAUUCGAUAGUUGAUUGUUAACCCCCACUGUCUCAUCAUUCAUAUCCCUCAUGAAUUCAUAGUCUUUUAGGCACUGUUUACUCAUCAUACUCAUUAACACUGUGCAUUCUCAUUACUAUAAUUAUUUUUUUAAUUCUGCAUAAAUCAUGUAAAAUGUCAUAUUUAAAGUGGUCUAAAAUAUGCCGUGAGAUUGUACAAUGUCUUUCUAACAAUUGCUUGAAUCUCAUUAAGAUUUGAAUAGGUGUGAUUUAGGUGCAUCAGAAGUAUGAAUAGAUAAUUAUUUAUAU